GUGGCGGCGCGGGCCGGCAGGGGGCGCUGCGGGGCGGCGGCGGCGCGGGGCGCGGGGCGGCCAUGGCCCGCUGGGGCCCCGCUCAGGAGCCGGACUGGGGGCCGGAGCCCUGGCAGCAGGUGCCACUGCAGCCCCCCGGCCAUGUCCCCAUCUCGGUCCCGGAGGGGGAGAAGCAGCUGCAGGUGCCUGAGAUCUCCCUGUGGACAGUGGUGGCCGCGGUCCAGGCCGUGGAGAGGAAGGUGGAGUCGCAAGCCCUGAGGCUGCUGAGCCUCGAGGGGCGAGCGGAGACGGCCGAGAAGAAGAUCACGGACCUGGAGAAGGCGGUGCUGGAGUUCGGCAGCCAGCUGGAGAGGAAGUGGGCCGCGCUGGCCUCCCUCGUGCAGGAGAACACGCGGCGCCUGGAGAACGUGGAGCGCCAGCUGCAGAACAGGAGCUGCUGGCCCCUGAGACCCCCCCUGGGCCCCAAUGGGGACAUGCCCAAGGUGCCCGCGGCUUGUGAGGAUGAUGCGGUCAGUUUGCCCGAGCAGGAGUGGGGGAGCCUGGACAACCGGCAGAAGGAGCUCUACAAGAUUGCGAUGAAGGGGAGUUACGAGGCUGGGGUGUCUCUCGGACCGGGUGACGCCAGCUCCAAACCCGCUCUGCUGUCGCCGGGUGAAGAUGGGGAGGACUCGGGUCCCCGGACUCAGGGGCUGCUGGAGAAGGGAGUCAUCCCGGGGCACCUCAGCUCUGGUGAGAAGAUCGUGAUCAAGACAGAGGAGCAGCAACCGCAAGAGGAAAGACCUGAAAUCCUGGCUCUGCCACGGACAUCCUCGGUAAGGCUGGAAGAGGAGGCUCCGCUGAGCCAGGAGCAGCCAGUGCCUUGGGAGAGUCACUCUGGCUCCGAUGAGCGGAAGGGAACAGGAGACGGCCUGGGGGAGCUCUGCAAGCACCACACCGCCCAGCCUGAGUUCAAGCCCCUGCUUGUCCCGGGGGAAGCUCGCCCUGCCCCGGGCUUGUCUUUCCCCACAGAGCACGGGCACAGCGUUGGGACUGAGCAGCAGUUCGCCCUGCCCCAGGGAAUCCAGCUGGGAGAGGAAACCAGCGCCGCAGCUGCCUUGUUGCAGCCCGGCUUGGAGGAGGAUCGGCCGUGCGUCCCGGGGGACGAGCCCCGCACGUUCCCGCUGGGCUGGAAGAGCAUCCGGCUGAAGCGGAACCUCCUGGUGCGCCAGCAGAGCCACGCGCGGAAGAACAACGGGUCCUUCAUCUGCGCCGCCUGCGGCAAGAGCCUGGCCCACCACGCCGCGCUGCUGCGGCACCAGCGCCUGCACACGGGCGAGCGCCCCUUCCAGUGCCCCGCCUGCGGGAAGAGCUUCAACGAGAAGUCCAACCUCAACAAGCACUACCGCAUCCACACCGGGGAGCGCCCCUACCGCUGCGGCGCCUGCGGCAAGGGCUUCAUCCAGAAGCACCACCUCCAGAAGCACCAGCGCAUCCACGGCGUGCAGCUGCGGGGCGGGUGGACAGGCCGGCCCGCGCGGGCCAGCGUGGCCGGGGAGAGGCUCUACCGCUGCAUCGAGUGCGCGGAGAGCUUCCCCCAGCAGGCUUCCCUGGAGGAGCACCAGCGCCGGCACACCCAGCAGCGGCCCUUCCAGUGCACCGGCUGCAGCAAGAGCUUCCGGCACCGGCAGUCUCUGAACCACCACCAGAAGAUCCACGCCGUCGCCAGCUGUCCCGGGACCAGCUUGCUGAACCACCACCCGGAGCCGGAGCCCAGGCCCUGCAAGGCAUUGACCCAGGAUAAUCCGUAGCGCAGGGGCUGGAGAAGGGACGGGGCGGCGGGAUUGCGGGCUGCUCCACGGAGGUGCAGCAGUUCGUGGUGACGGGACACACCACGUGCAAGCGCAGCUGCUGCUGCAAAGCCGCAGCGCUCGCCGCAGCUCGGCCCGGCUCUCCCCGGACACCGCCUUGCACGACAAGGACGGAGGGUAGCUGCGGGGCUGCCGGGCGGAGAAACGUGCUGCAGGGUGGAAUGACUGGCCCAAGACACAGCAGAGGAGGUUUGGCAGCAAGGGCAAAGUCACGUCAGCUGCUGCCUUAUGAAAGGGGGCUUCAGCUGAAGAGCAGCCGCUGCGUGUUCGAUACGGUGUAGUGGGGAGUGGUGCACUUGAACUCAGGGUUACCUAAAUACGAGCAGCUACAAGAGCGGUUGGGGGUGUUCAGCGGCCCUAGGAAAAGCUGUUGUGGGCAACAGCUGGGGCCGUCAGGCAUUGGGAAGAGGCUUGGAUAAAAGACUGGGGUGA